AUGCUGCACCACACGCCUUUUGAACAUCCACAAAGCCUUACUUCUUUACCCGCCGAGGCCGGCAAUGGCCCUCAAGAUCACAUCUCACACGAAAGCUUCUCGCACGCAAGCCAGGACUUGUUCCAGGGCCGUGCUGGCCUUCCGAAUUUUGCGCUGCACUCUACGGGGGCGCAAGUAGUCACGGAGCUCACUACCCUUGCCGCCAUGACGCCUAGCUGGUGGACUAGGUUCCUUGGGCAUUCUCGCCUCUCCGCAUAUCCACCAGAGACUGCCCUAGCUGUGGGUAACCGCCUUGGCACCUGCUGGAAUAUGGGGUCACGCUCAGGACAGCUGGGGAUUUCACUCACAGAACCCGUCAUCGUCUCCCAUGUUACCGUGGAGCAUAUUUCCCGUCAACUUACUCACGACAUUAAGCUGGCCCCUCGUCUCCUCGUCUUCUGGGGCCUUGUAGACGAAAAAGACACCGCUCUCGGCUUAGAAAACCAACUCCGCCGAUCUCCGCCGGCCAAUCCUUCGUACCCCUAG